AUGGACCAUCUUAUAGAUACCAAGCAGCCUGGUGAAGAUGAUGGAAGUGAGGUUUCUGAUUGGGAAGUAGAGGAUGGCAUACCCCAAUUCAAAGAUCAGUUCAUUCAGCAAUAUUUACACGGAAGAAGAGCCUUGAUUCAGGAAGAGAAGAAGCAGAGACAUGAUGCCAAUUUUCUAAAAUGCAUGUCGCCCUCUGCCAGAGAAGCAUGCCGAAUCAUUUCCCAUGUUCGAGACAGAGAACUAAAAACUGUCUGGACUAAGGAUGCGGAAGAGAAUAUAGCUAAAGCGGAGGAUACGGUGCUUUAUCCAGGAAUGAUGUUUCGACUGGCUAGGGACAGGAUGGAGGGUACUGAUCUAUGGAAGAUUGUGAAGAAGAUGCCCAAGGGAGCUUUAUUACAUGGACAUUUGGAGGCUAUGGUUAAUUUAGAUGUGCUUGUGGAUCAAGUAAUGUCUUUGCCUGGUAUGCACAUUGCGUCAGAUAGGCCACUGACAACAGGAGGAAACCUCAAAUAUUCUCCGCUGCACUUUCAAUACUUUUCCAAGCCACAGAACUUGAGGGGUGUCGAGAAGCCUGGAUCCGACACUAUUAGCAUCUGGAACUCAGCCUAUAAACCACUCUCAUUCAUCCCAGUGAAGGAAGCAGCGGAUCAGUUUCCAGAGGGCGGGGUGAAGGGGUUUCACGACUGGUUGAAGGGAAGAUGCACGAUUGAAAAAGAGGUAUCACUAAGUCAUCACCACGGAUGUGCUGCGAUCUGGGAUAUUCUAGACCAGAAAUUCCAGGUUGUAGACGCAAUGCUCUACUACGAACCGAUAUUCCGCGCAUGUCUCAAGCAUAUGUUGGCUGAGCUAAACGAAGAUGGCGUUCGAUAUGUUGAAUUUCGCCUGGCUUUCGGAUUUGAAUAUCGCCGUGAUAGAUGCGAAGAGCCCGACCCUACCUUUGACUCCAUAUUCGAAGCGUUUGAAGAAGAAAUCGAGAAUUUCAAAGCCUCCGAGGCCGGCCAAGGGUUCCAUGGAGCUCGUAUGAUAUGGACGACCAUGCGGAGUCACACGAACCGUGAUAUAGUGGAGAGCAUGAAGGAGUGUAUAAUGACGAAGCUGCAAUUUCCCGAGCUUAUCUGCGGCUUCGAUCUGGUAGGGCGUGAAGACGACGGGAGAACUCUGGUGGAUAUGAUUCCUGUCCUGUUUUGGUUUAAAAAGCAAUGUGCGGUGGAAGGCGUGGAAAUUCCGUUCAUGUUCCAUGCAGGGGAGUGUCUGGGGGACGGAGACGAGACCGACUCAAACCUCUACGACGCCAUCCUCCUGGGCACACGCAGAAUCGGACACGCAUUCUCUCUCUACAAGCACCCUCUCCUGAUCGACCUGGUCAAGGAGAAGAAGAUCAUGGUCGAAUGCUGUCCGAUCUCGAACGAGGUCCUACGGUUUACCAGCUCGAUCAUGUCUCAUCCGCUGCCGGCCCUGCUAUCCAGAGGCGUUGCCGUGUCACUCUGCAACGACGACCCGGCGAUGCUAGGCCACGGUAAGAAUGGACUCACGCAUGACUUCUGUCAAGUGCUGAACGGGCUAGAGAACGUUGGUCUCUCCGGCCUUGCUACCAUGGCGGAGAAUUCUCUCCGCUGGAGCUGCUUUGAGGAUCAAAAGAACGCAGACUGGCUGGCAGACAUCAAGAGAGGGAUAACCGGGUCCGGGCAGAAGGCCGAACGCAUCCGGAACUGGAACGUUGAAUUUGAAAAGUUCUGUCAGUGGGUGAUUCUCGAGUUUGGUUCCGAUGCUCCGGACGAGGGCGAGGAAGAGGGCGAGGACGAGACUGAAUAG